GCCGAUAAAAAAAAUAAUAAUAAUUAAUUAAACCGAAAUGUGAUCUGACCGAAACUGACUAUCUCGAGGGGGAGGGGCGAGCACAGACCAUCAACAAUCACCUAAUUCACCUUUAUUGCUUGUUUCUACCGGUGGAGACAAUGGGGUAUGAGAUCCGCUUUAGGAAAAGGUUCCUGCCUCGCUCCUUUGCUGACCUCAGUGCCAUGGUCUUCAUGAGUCUGGUCAUCCCUGCAGUGUAUUGGUUUGAGGUAUAUGUUGUAGCACCUACUGUAUACAAUACAACACUCAACUUCCUACAUGCCAUCCUGGGAACAUACGUUGUGAUAAACAUAUUUGGAAACUUCAUCGCCAUCAUUGUUGUCGAUUCUUCCACUCGGGGACUGGUGCUGCCUUCGCAGGUGCCAGCUGGAUGGCAUGUGUGUGCUGUCUGUGAAAGCACUGCACCUCCUCGUUCCCGCCACUGCAACACCUGUAAUGUGUGUGUGCUAAAAAAGGAGCACCACUGUGUGUUUGCUGGAUGCUGUGUGGGGCUGUAUAACCACAGGUACUUUUACAUCUUCCUUUUCCUCAUGUGGGGAUCAACUCUAUACUGCUCCUGCCUCAAUGCCUGCUUCAUCUGGCCCUAUGUGGGAGGAUUCAACAUGUGGGCCAUUGUGCGUCUGCUACUGCCAGGAGUGUGGCUGCUAUUGGAGCCCUGCAUUGACACUCUGUAUGCCUUCCUCUUUUCCAUCAAUGUGAUUGGCUGCCUCUUUAUGUCAGUUCUCAUCUACUACUAUACAAAUCUCUUAUUGACCAACACCACCACUCAUGAGAACAACACACGCAAAGGUCAUAAAUAUGACCAAGGAAGAAACCACAAUCUGAAGGUGACUCUAGGGGAACGUUGGUAUCUGACCUGGGUGUUCCCAACGCUGACCUCACCCCUCCCUUGUGAUGGUCUAGACUGGUCAACACACCACUCCAUGGGGAAGACAGACAAGCACAAAAGCAAAUAACAUGCCGCAGGCACAAACAUAGCUGCCAGUGUCCAUCUUGUGUUUGAUAAGGACAUGAGUACAAAUUGGCACUUGACUUGCAUACUCCAUUGCUCAAAUAGUUUGUGUGUUUGUGAAAGUUGGGGAUUCCAGUAAUUUCAGCUUCAUAAAGGAAAAUAUGGAUGG